UUCAGAAGGAGAGAGAACCUCAUGUUUAUCUCAGUAAAGAAGAAGUUAAAGAGAAGAUACAGAGCUAUAAUUCGUCUGUCACUGAUAAAUUAAAGAUGACCUUGAACGCGAAUGGGGUUUACACCGGCUUCAUCAAAGUUCAGCUGGAACUCUGCCGACCGAUCACUGUGCAGUCCUCCCAGAGCCAGGGGAGGUGCGUUCAGAGCAAUAACGAAACCGCUUUUUACUUGCCAGACGGCUGCGUGAACACCCUUCACAUCAGCAGCACCAACACCGUUCGCGAAGUUAUCGAGGCCUUGCUCAAAAAGUUUUUUGUGGCUGACAACCCUGCCAAGUUUGCACUUUAUAAACGUUGUCAUAAGGAAGACCAAGUUUAUACAUGCAAGCUGUCAGACCGAGAACAUCCCCUCUACCUGCGUUUGGUGGCGGGUCCUAGGACAGAAAUGCUCAGUUUUGUUCUACGUGAGCAUGAAACUGGAGAAGUCAUGUGGGAAGCUUUUAGUAUUCCUGAACUGCAAAACUUCUUGCGUAUACUGGACAAAGAGGAAAACGAGCAACUGCAAAUCUUAAAGAAGCGUUACGCAGCUUACAGAGACAAACUUGAAGAAGCCCUUGGUGGGGUGUGGAAACCUGGUUAAAAGGGGGCCAAAGGACACUCAGGAGAAAUGCACGCUACCAAAUGUCAGUAUAGCAUGCCAAACCCAACCUACAAAGAGCAGCAGAGAGUAGUUUUCUUUAUUUGGAAGACUGUUUUGCGAUGCCAGGGUACCUGAAUUUUGCUAUAGACUUAGUUCCGUAAGCCAGGUCACUUAGCAUCUUGCACCCACAAGUAAGGGAUUCUGCAUGUUUGUACAUCAGUUUGCAACCCUCCGUGUGCCUAGAGAGUUUUCCAAGUUACCUUGGUGCAAGCUGUGAAACUGUAAUCAAUUUUCUAGGAUGCUAUGAAAUAAGAUUUUAUUUUAUUAUUUUUUUUCUUCUUUACUUUAAGGGUAGCU